CAACCACGACUUCUUGAUUGCUCCCUUAGCUUUCUCUGUCUCUUUCUCUUCAUUUCUUUUUUCUACAGAUUUUCUUGGUUUGGAUUGAUGGCUGUAUUCGGAGCCAAAUUCUUGGUUUUGAAAUGCACAGUGAUAGUUCUCUUCUUCAGCUUCCUGUUUCUAUUAGUUUCUGCUGAAAGAUUAAGCAUCAAACAUGAACAAGUGCCAAGACUGAGUGGAGAAAAAUAAAAGGAAAAACAAGAGGCUGAAAGUUCCUUGUGGCAGUCAGAUGGAUCUGGCUAUCAACAUGUUUGGCCAGGAAUGGAACUUGGCUGGCAAGUGGUUGUUGGUAGCAUAAUCGGAUUCUUUGGAGCAGCUUUUGGGAGUGUAGGAGGUGUUGGUGGUGGAGGCAUAUUUGUUCCUAUGCUGACAUUAAUAAUUGGGUUUGAUCCAAAAUCUGCAACAGCUAUAUCCAAGUGUAUGAUAAUGGGUGCAGCAAUGUCUACUGUGUAUUAUAACCUGAAAUUGAGGCACCCUACACUUGAUCUACCUAUAGUAGAUUAUGACUUAGUGUUGCUUAUUCAACCUGCGGUCUUGCUUGGAAUCAGUACAGGAGUAACUCUUAAUGUCUUUUUUCCUGACUGGGCUGUCACUGUUCUUCUGAUUAUUCUCCUUAUUGGAACAUCUGUUAAGGCAUAUUUCAAGGGUGUUGAUACAUGGAAUAAGGAAACCACAUUGAAGGAGGAGGCUGCCAAGCAGUACAAGCUGCUUCCAGGUGGUCCAAGCAAUGUCAAUCCUCGUCAAAAACACACCAGAGAAAGAGAGGUUCCUGUUCUUGAGAACAUACACUGGAAGGAAUUUGCACUCCUUGUUUUUGAUUGGGUUGCAUACCUUGCAUUGCAGAUCGCAAAGAACUACACAGCCACUUGCUCAACAGCGUACUGGGUGCUGAAUUUGCUGCAAGUCCCUGUAUCUGUUGGAGUAUUUCUAUAUGCAGCAGUUGGACUAUACAGAGGAAGAAGGAGAAUUGCAUCAAAGGGAGAUGAAGGCAUGAAUUUGAAAGCGUAUCAGCUGCUUGCUUUCUGCGCCUAUGGUGUGAUGGCUGGAAUAGUUGGUGGGUUGCUUGGACUAGGUGGAGGAUUUAUUAUGGGUCCACUCUUUUUGGAGCUGGGAAUUCCUCCUCAGGUCACAAGUGCUACGGCUACUUUUGGCAUGGCCUUCUCCUCGUCCAUGUCUGUUGCAGAAUAUUACCUUCUGAGUCGUUUUCCUGUUCCCUAUGCUCUCUACUUCAUAGCGGUGGCCACCAUAGCUGCAUUUGCAGGGCAGCAUAUCAUAACUAAGCUGAUUGCUAUAACCGGAAGGGCAUCCCUCAUCAUCUUUGUUUUAGCAUUCACAAUCUUUGUUAGUGCUCUAACGCUAGGUGGAGUUGGCAUAAGCAACAUAAUUGGGAAGAUUGAGAAAGGUGAAUCCAUGGAAUUUCAGAACCUGUGCAAUUAUGUAACAUAGUAGAUGUGACCCAUGUUGUACUAUUAUUAUUGUUAGUUGGAAGGUAUACUUUUUAUAUAUCUUAUAUCUUUGUUU